CGAGUAUAAAGGGUAAAACGCCCCGAAACACCCCUGCUAGAAGUCCAGGCCCAGGUCCAUUUUCACAUCCAGUCCAGCUCAGCCAAGCCAAGCCGACUGGACGGGAAAGCCAACCAACCAACCUCGCGCCUCGCGAGCGCCCGAUAACUGCGGCUGUGCUGAGCUGAGCAUUGCUUUGCCUGGAAGUUGGAGGCAAUAGUCUUCAUCUUCUUCUGUUGUGCUUCUGUUGAACCCCUUAAUCAAUCUCCUGUCAAUCAAACCUUCUUCCCCAGGAACAACGCUCUUUGCCGCAAUCGUCGAAUCUUAUACGAAACUUUGUACUCCCACUUCGUAUCGGCAAGCAUCGAUCAUCCAAUCGGGCGCGCCUCUGUGUGGUCCUCUUCUAUCCGCCCUCUCCGACGAAUUGUCGCUGGCAAUUCAUUCUCAUUACCAGUACAAUUAACUUCUGCUUCUACUGAAUGUUGCAGUUCAGUUUGAAAUGCAUCUGAGCGUUCCAAUACCGCGUGGCUGGGAUGCCACCGAAAGCGCACUUCAACCUCGAGAAACGUCAUCCAGCAACGGUGGCGGGGGAACCAAUAAUACAGUUGUCUUUAUUGUCAUCGGUAGUAUUGCCGGUGUAGUGGUAGCCAUUACUUUGGCUGUUUGCAUAACGAAGGCGCGACAAAAGAAGAAAUCGACAGAAAGCAAAAAGAAGGGAGGCUUUCUUGAACGAAUAAGAGGUCGAUCGGGGCAGGGCAAUUACGAACAGACAGCAGGUGAAGAUGGUGGGGAGAGUGGAAGACAAUCGCAUCAGCUCGAUCCCACUUCUACUUCAACCAAUAACCGACAAAAUCGCAACAGUUCCAAUAACGGUACCAACGCUGGCGCAACCGUCGACCGAAAUACUUCCGUCCGCUCUGUGCUUACAUUACCGGCGUAUCGACAGAGCGCAAGCCAUAACGAAAGGGUUCUGGGACGAGAGGGCGAGCGAGAUGGCGUGGACGUGAUCAUUGACCUGCCAACUGCAGAGGCAGAGGAAGAAGCGCGAAAUGAAGAAAUGGAGACUCUCUACCAGAUCAGACUGGCUCGACGACAAGCCCUUGCCGAGCGUGAGGAGCGUAGAGAGCGACGUCGCGAGGCACGGCUCAGAAGCGACUACCGCGAGCUUGAGGCGAUCAGAGCUGAGACUCGUGCUGCGAACGAGGACAACACUAUUGCCGAACUACGAACAACUGUGGACCAGAUCAAGGACAACAGGCAGAGGUCUGUGUCAAGUGUAUCAUAUGCAGACGUAGGUGUUGCACGGCAUGACGGAACGAGAAUUAGAGCAAACAGUAGUGAGAGUGAGCGCGUUGGCCUGCUCUCUGAUGCUGCGAGCAUGCAAUCAGGACAUCAACGGGGGCGCAGCUAUAGCUCUGCUGCCAGUCAUGAUGACGACUUUGCAAGUCUGGCGCCCACACGUUCGCAAGGAGCUUCUAUUCGGUCAGGCAGUGCAGAUGGCAGAGCUGGCUCGAGUCCUGAGUUGGUAGAAGCAGAUCUUGGUGAAGAGGCGAUGCCGCCUCCCGAGUACGAGGAUAUACCGCUCACUGAUGACCGAUCCUCAAAUCACGGACCCCCGCCUGAGUAUCCCGGCCCUGAGCGCUCCUCAUCGCAGAGAACGCAGCGAACUACGGAGCGAGAUCUUGGGUCAGAUUGGCAUGAGAUGGACCCAGCUUCAGAUGGACAAAGCAACAACCCACCAAGCGGUCAAGGCAAUGGUAGCGCGCCUCAACUCCCAAGCUUAAGAAUACCGCAACUCCCUGAGAUCGUGAUUGAACCAUCAAGCGCACAUCCACGAGACGACGAGCAACGAUCACCACACCGAUGAUAUAUGAAGUCUUUCUUUUAGCUCUAUUUUUUUAACUGCUCAUAUGGGAUUGGUUUAGAGUUUUGGACUCUCGAUGUAUCAAAUCAUCUAACGACAGCAUGGAGUUUGGAUUGGGUUGGAUCUCUUGAAAGGCACUUUGGCUUUUUACUUAGGGCGGGGUUGGGCCUCAGAGGCGGCAUCCAUAUUGAUACUUUUGAGUACCCCUUACAGUGUGGCGUUGAUAUUGGCAGAUAUUGAGUUUCGAUGUGUGAGAUAGCUGAUGUACAGACAAUGUCAGACUAUCUCUUUGACCGGCAUAAGCCGUCUACGAGGUCACUUACCCCGCUUUUUUAUAGGUACCUGCAAGGUAUAUAAAGUUCCUAUUAGAUAGCUUCUUCUUUUUAUAC